AUGUCCCUCUUUACUGGAUGCACUUCUCUUGUCUCCGAUGACUCUAAUGAGUUUGUCGUCUCCUCUAAACCCUCCAGUUCUUCAAUAGUUGACGAAUUGGGGGCCCCCCAGGGGGGCCCCCAGGGUACCCUUUUCCCUGGUAACGCCAAGGAUGGGGCCCCUAUGGGGGGCCCCUUGGGGGCCUCCAUGGGGGGCCCCAUGGGGGGCCCCUUUGCGGGCAGUAGGGGGCCCCCUGUCGCCCUAGACCCUCAGAAGAUCGGGAGGGUAUUGACUGUUGCUGUGUCGGAGUUGGGGGAGCACGUUAAAUCUGGAGGAGAGCUACUAUGGAGGUCUGCUGUAUCUGCUGCUGGGCAUGCAUUAUCUUCUGCCCCUAGUGCGAUCCCUGGGAUCGUCUCCCUGGGAUCGAUCCCCGGUCUGCCUCCUCCUUCUUCGGGUGUAUCUGCAGCAGCAGCUGCUGCAGCUGCAGCAGCAGCAGCAGCAGGUGGAUGGGGUACCCAAGGUACCGGAGGAGGAGGAGCAUCAACAUCAGCAGCAGCAGCAGCAGCAGCAGCAACAGCAGCAGCAGCAGCAGCAGGAGAAAGGUGCCAUAAAGUAUGGGGAGAAGCAAACUUUACUUUAUCUGUUGAUUAUACAAAAAAGGGACAAUUAUUAGCAACAACGCAUGCAGCUGAUGAGAAGGGGAAUCUAUCAAUAGAUGUAACAUCUGAGUGUCAAUUUACUUGGCGAAGAAUUAAGUCUUCGGGUGUAUCUACACAAAUACAAGGCAUUAAUAGCAACGUAUACCCUGUAACAGCAGAUGAUAUAGGAGCAUAUAUGGAGGUUUGUGCAGUACCUAAAACCCUCGGGGGUUUACACGGAAGAAAAUUCUUAUCUACUGGUCCCCUACAAGUAGGGUUACCCCUAAAAACCCUCGUACUCUCUGCUAUAUCCAAGGAUAAAUCUUCCUUCCGAUGUACAAGAGCAUCUCGUGAUGAGGGUUUAGAGCAAACAGACGAAGCAGAAGUUCUUGUAGAGAUUGAUUCAGAGAAAGUCCUUGUUGCUCUUCCUCCACCAGAGGAAUUAGAGGAGAAGGCAAGCAGAAGGGAAUUUAUUUGUAAAUACACCGCAAGUUUACCAACAAUUGAACUCGAUCCUUCUUCUCCCACUCUAUUCCAGGCAAGGCUAACCCUAUCAUCAAAUAUAUCAUUUUAUUUGAAUUCUUCUUGUCGUCAAGAAAGAGAUCUUCUUGCUUCUCUCUUGAGGGUUUUACAAGUUAGAUCUUUUGUAUCUACUUCUCUUAUUCUUGAUUCAUUAACUCAUAAACUUCCUUCUGAUGAUUCCUCAAUAAUUUUAACAGCUGCACAAGAAAGAGAUCCAAAGAUUGAUUUAUAUCUAACUAUACACCUCCUCCAACAGGAAGUAGAUCGUCUGCAAUCCUUAUUAAUAAGAAUAAGUCAUGAUUUAUCUAGGGCAGCAAAAGAGAAAGAAGAAUUAGAAGAAGAAAUGCGUCUUACUAUUAAGGCAUUCCAAUCACAACUUGAUUCUGCGCUGCAGCAAAGCAACGGCAGCAGCAGCAGCAGCAGCAGCAGCGAGACGGAGGAGCUACAGGCGCAGCUAAGAGAAGCAGCAGCAGCAAAUGCAGCACUAAGACAAGAAGUGCAGCAACUGCAGCAGCAGCUGCAGCAGCGACAAGGAAGCAAAGAAGGACAACAGGAGGGUUCGGAUACUCACGUGCAGCGUCUGCUGCAGAGGAAAGCAGAUCUACUAGAGAAGGAGAAAGAAGCACUGCAGCAGCGCCUACGCGAGGCUCUUAAGGACGAGGAGGAGACAAAAGAAAUGGCGUCAGAGAUAAAACGAUUACGAGCAGAAGUAGAAGAGGCCCAUAUAUGCAAAUCGCGUGUCUCCUUGGAGUUAUCGGAUGUUUGCCGAGGGUUUGAGGAAGAAAGACAGAAAUUUACUGACGAAUUACAACAACUACGUGAUCAACUUAUGCAUGCAGAAGCAAGAGCUGAAUGUCUAGGAGAACAAGUUGGGGAGUUGAGGGCAUCAGAAGCAGCAGCAGAAUCUCAAUUUACAAUGCGUACAUCUGCAUUAAUGGAGACAGCAGCAGCAGCAGAAAAGGAGACAGCUGAGCUUAGGCAGCAACUAACAGCAGCAGCAGAAGAAAGAACAGCAUUAACAUUAGAAAGAAGUCGUAUACUUAAACUUAAAGACUCAUUAGCUAAAGAGCUGGAGCGCUCGAAAGCAUCAAAUGACCAAGCAGCAGAGUCCAUUAAGAGAUUAACACAAAAUGGUCAGCAGCUGCAGCAGGAGUGCAGGGAGAAGCAGCGACAGCUAGAGCAGCAGCAGCAGCAGGUACAGUAUCUGCAGCAGCAGCAGCAGCAGAGGACACGGGAGCUGCAGCAGCAAAUAAGAGACAUGCAAAGAAUAAAAGAAGAAGCAGAAGAAAGAUUACGUGCUGCUGAUGCUGCUGUUGUUAGUCUUAAGAGAGAGAAGACACAAUUAGAGGGAGGUGUCUUGCUGCUGCAGCAGCAGCAGCAGCAACUGCAGCAGCAGCAGCAGCAACAGCAAUUACAAUUACAACAACAACACCAACAACAACUUCAACAACUCCAAAGACAACUGCAGCAGCAGCAGCAACAGCUUCAACAGCAGCAGCAGCUCAUCCAACAGCAGCAGCAGCAGCAGCAGCAGCAGCAAGAUGCUGAGAAGCAGCAAAAGUUAAUAUCUUCAUCAGCAGCAGAAGAACCUGCAACAAGGCCCUCAACAGCAGAAACUUCUCGCGAAGAUGAGACAGCAAGGCUUAAGGCAAGGCUUAGGGCGGAGAAUGAGAGUCUGAAGGCCCGACUAAGGAAACUAGGGGGGAGGCCCUGGGGGGGGGCCCCCGAGCCCCUUUCUGUAGGAGCCUUGGGGGGCCCCCCUGCAGCAGCAACAACAACAACAACAACAACAGCAGCAGCAUCUGCUGCUGCUGCUGCUGCUGCUGCUCACAGCCCGCAGGGCUCAGCAGGGGCCCCUCUACCCUCAGAGGGCCCCCACAGCAGCGACGACUAUGAGGGUGCUGAACCCUCAGCUGCUGCUGCUGCUGCUCCUGCUAGUCCUACUGCUGCUGUUGGUACUCCUACUGGUGCUGCUGCAGCAGCAGCAGAAGAGAAUAGUUCCCCUGGUGCCCGUCUGCUGCAUAAGAGCAGCAGCAGCAGCAGCAGCAGCAGCAGCAACGAGAGGAGACAAACAAUUGGAUAUAAAGAUGUCUCCCCUAAGAACUUAGGGACAACAAAUAAUAAUAAUGAUAAAAGAGAAGAUGAACUCAUGCAGCAGCAGCAGCAGCAACAGCAGCAGCUGCAGCAGCAGCUGCAGCAGCAGCAGCAGCAGCAGCAGCAGGCAGCAGUUGCGCCUCCGACUCCCACAGCCUUGCCCUCUGCAGAAUGA